CUCACAACAACACUCGCCAUUUCAGUUUGAAGGGGGGGGGUUUACUCCACCACCAGCAGCAGCAGCUCCCACCAAGGAACUAGGUCAAGCCAGUGGAGCUGCAGGACUCAAACCGAUUCUUUCCUGAAAACAUCUCGCGCUUCUCUGGGGUCAAAGGUCGCUGUUGUUGUGCUAAUGCGUGCGAUCUGGUCCAUCCGGGUGAGUUUACGCGGCGUGGGCCCAGGCUGAAGUGUCGAACCCUCUCGGAGCCUCCUGCUAACGGCUAACUGAGCUAAAACCGACUGUAAACAUCAAGGAUGAAACGGAUGAAAGAAAAUGAGGAGGACAGUACCAGCUCUCCCAGUGUAAACCAGUCUGAGACAUGUAAAAGGAUACGGCCAGAGGACGGUGAGGAGCCUGUGGCAGAGGGAGGCAGUGCAGCGCCAGGGUGUGAUUGGGCCCGGCUGCCUCAAGAGCUCCUGCUGCACAUCUUUCAGUACCUUCCCCUCCUGGACCGGGCCUAUGCCUCUCAGGUGUGCAGAGGGUGGAACCAGGCUUUUCACAUGCCAGAGUUGUGGAGGUGCUUUGAAUUUGAGCUUAACCAACCAGCCAGCUCCUACCUUAAGGCCACACAUCCAGAUCUCAUUAAGCAGAUCAUAAAAAGACACUCCAAUCACCUGCAAUAUGUCAGCUUCAAGGUGGACAGCAGCACUGAGUCUGCAGAGGCCGCGUGUGACAUCCUCUCACAGUUGGUCAACUGUUCUCUUAAGACAUUGGGACUCAUCUCGACUGCGAGGCCCAGCUUUAUGGAGGUCCCAAAGUCUCACUUCAUCUCAGCUCUUACUGUGGUAUUUGUCAACUCCAAAUCAUUAUCUUCACUCAAGAUUGAUGAUACACCAGUAGAUGACCCAUCUCUGAAAGUGCUGGUGGCAAACAACAGUGAUACUCUAAAACUCCUCAAAAUGAGCAGCUGUCCUCAUGUCUCUCCAGCAGGGAUCCUGUGUGUAGCUGACCAGUGUCAUGGCUUAAGAGAGCUGGCCCUGAACUACCAUCUGUUAAGUGAUGAGCUCCUGUUGGCUUUGUCCUCUGAGAAACACGUUCAUCUGGAACAUCUCCGUAUUGAUGUUGUGAGCGAGAAUCCUGGGCAGCAUUUUCACACAAUCAAAAAGAGCAGCUGGGAUGCUAUGGUGCGACACUCUCCUAAAUUUAACCUCGUCAUGUACUUCUUUCUCUAUGAAGAGGAGUUUGGCCCUUUCUUUAAUGAUGAAAUUCCUGUCACACAUCUUUACUUUGGUCGCUCUGUUAGCAAGGAGGUCUUGGGCCGUGUGGGCCUACACUGCCCCCGUCUGGUGGAGCUGGUGGUAUGCGCCAAUGGUCUGCGUCCUCUGGAUGAAGAGCUCAUCCGAAUCGCUAAGCACUGCACCCAGCUGUCCGCUAUCGGCCUGGGAGAGUGCGAGGUCUCCUGCAGCGCCUUUGUGGAAUUUGUGAAGAUGUGCGGCCGGCGGCUCUCACAGCUGUCCAUCAUGGAGGAGGUGCUGAUUCCAGAUCACAAAUACUCCCUCGAUGAGAUUCACUGGGAGGUCUCAAAGCAUCUAGGCCGGGUCUGGUUUCCAGACAUGAUGCCAACCUGGUGAAGGGGAAAGUCCAUGGCUGAGUCUCCACGUUCGCAAUAAAUGCUCAAAAUGAGGGAAAUGUUUGCAAAUGUGGAGGUGGCUAAAAAAAAAUUAUAUAUAUUUUUUUUUUUUGAGUGAAGGAGAAUUUCAGUGUGGCACUUGAUGGCUCCACAACGGUGACAUUAAAACACAACAGAAAUAUAAUAUUAUAUACAUUGUGCUUUAUCUAAGGAGUACUUAUCUUACCUUAAACAUUCUGUACACAACCAGUACACAUGAAGAAUUAUGACUGUUAACACUGUAUGAACACUGUUGCCAGGUUAUAUUGUCUAGAUUGCUGUAUAAAAUGUCUAUGUAUGUAUGUGCACAGUUGUGCUUGUGAGUGAAGCAAAUGCUUUAAUAUUUACAUAACAGAGCAGUUUAAAAGUAUGGAAAGCUGUCCAGUUGACUCUACCACUGAUUUACAACCUUUCUGUAAGAAAAACAAAUGCACUUGUUUUUGGCAGAAGGCGUAGUGGGUUACUUUAUUUUUUUCAUCUGGAUGAUGACAUGGUCUUACCACACCUCUCUAGUUAAAGUAAAAAAUCUAUGUUGGGUCUAUUAUUCUAUCCUGUUUGUCAAUAGCCAUUGCAAGACUGACCAGACCCCAGUUUGUGUUGAUCAGAUGUGGGGUGUUUAAAGAUUUGUGAUAACUGAUUUUAUCAUUUCAUUUUUAGGUAAUGCAAAUUAUUCUGUUGCUACAUCAGACAUGUUUGAAACAGUCCAUACAAGUAUGGUAUUUAGAUUCAUAUGUAGAAGCACCUUAUGAUUAGGUCCUUUAAAGGCACAAAUGACACAAUAUCGGUAGAUCUGUACUGUUGGUUUUCUUAACUGUAGUUAUGUAUAUAAAGGAUCUGGAUUUAAGAAUUAUUGAAAGUACUGAUCCAAUCGUGUGGCCCGAUUGUUGUUCAUUAUUUUUGACUGUGCACGCUGGGAGUGCAUUUUCGUUCUCUUGUGCAUUUCAUUGUAUAUUGUCGGUAGAGGUUUCAUUUGUAUCUUCUGUUCUUUGCCUGUUCAAACUCUAAACCUUUGUUCUUGUGAUCUGCUUUCCUCAUGACCUUCAUCUGUCAUUAUAUUGUGCAACAGAACCCAGGGUAAUGCAGGAAUGCCAUUGCCAGCAUCGUAUCUAUCGUUUUUGUCAGCAUUCACAUCUAAGCAUUCACUAGACUCUGUUAUAAAGGUUUGGCAAGUCAGAUGAGUGAAACAAGCUUUUUUUCCUUUAAGAAGGAAGUUGAUAGAAUCUGUAUAUAAAAUGCUGUGUGUUUGAUUAUAAAUAGAAAUGUACUUAUUUCUGUAUUUCACCCUCUGUCAGGGUUUGAAGUUUCUCUUGUCUUUUAUAAACAGAUAUUCUUUUACUAGAUUUUUCAUUCUCUCUUUAAACAUAGAAGUAUAGAGCUCGGGAUUAUGUUGCAUAAUGGUAAACUAAUGGAGAUUUGAUGCUAAAUACUAAACCACUUUUAUUCAAAUGUAUUUUAACUCGAGUGUCACCCAGCAGGUUAUUGGAUUGCUUCACGGCUCUUUUGUUGACUCGUUAUUUUGUUUUGCCAGUGUUUUUCUAUCUAUGUUUUGCACAUCUGGUCACAAAUGUCUUUAGCGUUUGAUCCCAAGCUCUAUAUUUAUUUAUUGAUGUAAAGCUUUUGUAAAAUGCUUUUUUACGGUUGUGCUGAUGAAAUGCGAUUAAUUAUAAGCAGUAGAUCAGUGAAGAAGUCGUGAAUGAGGCUUUGGCUUCAUUCUACUCCUCAAACAUUGCGACUUGUUGAAAUUUACAUUAUUGUUUUUGUUCCUAGUGUUUGAUAAAAAAUAAAAGGUUGGCAAUGGCAAAAUUAGUUUUUUCUACCUCUGCUCUUUUAUUAUUAUUUUUUGGCUCAGAGAAUUCAUUACCAGAAAAUGA